AUGGUCCAAAAUGGAUACAUGUUGGCGAAGAGUUUGUUUAUUAAGAACUGUGUCACCAAAAGUACGGGCUUAGAUGGGAUACCAGCCAGAUUUCUCAAAGAUGCAGCACCUAUCAUUAAGCUUCCAAUUACAUUUCUGAUAAAUCAGUCUAUAUCGGAAGAAACAGUUCCCGAAGAAAUCAAAACUGCCAAAGUUAAACCUCUUUUCAAGAAAGGUGAUAGAUUAAAACCAGAAAACUAUAGGCCACUUGUAUAUAAACUAAUAUUGACGGACCUUAGCAGAGCACUUUCCUUGGAGAUAUUCAUCCGCGAAGAAACACCAUCCUGGCAUUUACUCAUCCUGGUCCUUGCAGAAACACCCGUACGAAAACAAAUCAGCAUGGAAUCAGAAGUUUGUCUCACUCCUGUUGAAAUAUCGGAUUCCGAUCUCGCGUCUCUGCAGCAUACGGAAGUCUUGGAAGUAGGGUAUACAGAAAUAGCUCAGAGUGAGAUGAACGAUUCUGAAUGUAUGACGCCGGAAGAACAGCAUGCUAACUUAAAGACAGAAACACGAGGUGAAACCAGCAUAAACAGGAAUAAUGUGUCAAAUCAGAUCACAGAGACGGUGAAACUGGGCCAGGGUGAAGAGAAAAUUGACAAAGACAGAAAUUCUAUAGUUGUUCAGAUGGAUGGAGAAAAUGCCACUUUGCUGGACAAAAGUGGUAUCUUACCAGUGGAAAAUGUCUUUCAGAUGGAGAAUGGGCUGGGAGAUGGGGGCUACAUUAUUUUGUCUGGUGAUGCAGCAGCUUCUUUAGGUGUAGAAUCUGAUGAACCAGCAACAAAGAAGAUUCGAAUUGACGGGGAAUCCUACAUUGUAGCUGUCACAGAGGAGGGUAACACAUCUGUCAGCAUUGAACAGGAAAAAAGUGGAUCAGAUCAACAAAUGUUUUUGGUAACAACAUCAGGGGCCAGCGGCAAUGUGACGCCACAGAAAACGAUGGGUGUCAAACAGGAGUCUGAGAUCAACCAAGCGUGGUUCACGACUCGUGAUGACAAACAGGCGCUACACAACACAGGAGCCAGUUGGAAGAAAGGCCAGUGGACAAAUGAAGAAGUGGAGAUUUUACAAUCCAAUAUCAACAAUUACUGCAAGGAACAUAACAUCACAGAUCCAACAGAAAUCAUUUUCGAAAUGUCUAAAGACGAACGUAAGAAUUUCUACCGCACUGUUGCCAAAGGCUUGAUGAGACCUCUUUUUUCUGUGUAUCGACGGGUCACUAGAAUGUAUGAUCAAAAGAAUUACAUGGGGAAAUACACGCAAGAGGAAAUCAACUUACUCAAAGAAUUGCGUAAAAUGUAUGGCAAUGAUUGGGCCACCAUUGGUCAGGCCUUGGGAAGAAGUGCAUCCUCUGUAAAGGACAAAUGUCGCUUGAUGAAAGAAACAUGCAACUCUGGAAAAUGGCUGCCAGAAGAGGAGAAAAGAUUAUGUGAUGCUGUGUAUGAGUUAACGGGAGCCAAACAGGGUGAAAGUGUGACCUCGGGUCUCUCAUGGUCCAAUGUAGCAGAAAAAGUGGUCACUCGGUCAGAGAAACAGUGUCGGACAAAGUGGCUGAAUUACAUGAACUGGAAACAGAAGGGGGGCACUGAGUGGACGAGAGAGGAUGAUAUGAAUCUCAUCAUUAGGAUUUCAGGUCUAGGUGUGGCUAAUGACACGGAGAUUGACUGGAAAGAUUUGGCAGAUAAUUGGCCCAGCGUCAGGUCUCCGCAGUGGUUACGAGGAAAGUGGUGGUCUCUCAAACGGAAUUAUCGUCACUACCAGUCUAUGCCUUUUCAAGAGUUACUUGAGCACUUGAAAACCAACCAUGUUGGUAAUGUUCGUAUGAAGAACCAGGUGAAAGUCUCAACAGAAAUGGUGGCCAUGCCGGUGACACUGCAGACAGGAGCUGAUGGUUCGACAACUUCCGAGUCCCUACAUACCUACGAAAUCCUUCAUCAGACGAGUUCCGGAGCAUUCCUAAUCACACAGCCCAACACGAAUCCAGCCAUUACCAUCAAUGGGUCCCCAGUCACAACUGACCAUAUCAUAGUACAUACUCUGCCUACCUCCACUGCUUUACCAGAGCAAGAGAACCUUGCAGUGCAGAUGAACCCAGUAAUACUUAAUGCUGCCUCUGAUAGUCUCAGUCUGGACUCAGCAGAAAUCUCACUGCAGAGCUCCACUACCAGUACUGAGCAGGAUUUAAAUGAUCAAAUGAUAUCAACGUCAGCUCCAGAAAUUGACACACAGACAGAGAUAUCUUCCACUCCGUUUGAGAAUGAGACUAUUGCUUCCUCUGUGAUAGAAGGAGACCAGGAGGAUAACCAGUCACAGAUUGUAAUUUCUUCAGAGAACGAACUCCAAGGAAAUUACAAACUGGUUAUGGUGACAGCAGGAAAUGAUAGCAAUACGGAGUACAUGUUUUCACAGUCAGAUCCGAUGCUGCCAUCAGGAGAGACGGACCUGAUGGGUGCGUCCUCAGAUGUGGAUUCUGACAAAGUUCAAGGCCAGGUUACACUGGAUAUUUCUAGUCCUGACAUCACAUCCAGCGCUACCUAAGUGACACUAGUGUAUACUACACAUAUAAUGGAGACAGACACAGCUGAAACUUGUUGAUUUAUGUUGGUAUAUUACUGAAUUACAUGUAACUGUGGAUAAAGAAAGCAGAAAAAUGUGUUACUAAAGAUAGGUUGAAAAUCAUGCUUUUCAAAGACAAAUGUUAUAUUCUAAAAUAUUAUUUGAGUGUUGAAGUAUGUAUUAUUUUUGGUACCAGAAUAUUGAUAUAUAAAAUUUUAUUUCAUGAUUUACAUUUGUUGAUGGCAUGUGUCCACCAUAUUGCAUGUUUUUUUGGUUAUGUGUAAAACUGAAUAUUAUUACACCUGUAGAGGUUUUCUGUGUUAUUUUGACACAAAUAUGUGUACAUGUAGAAAAUCUGUUACAGGUAGUGGUUGUACAUACUAAAGUGGGUUUCAAUUUGUAAAAAAAAAAUUGAAAUGAUUAAAUGUAAACGAAAUCUGACCUGCAUAUUUUGCUACAAUAAGUCUUUCAUAUAAAUAAGAAUUACAGUUAUUAGAGCUUAACAUGAGAAUAUUGAAGGAGUUGUUACUUUGAGAACAAAGAGCUAAUUUGAAUGUCUACCAUAGUUUGGUGCAUGCAGACACAGUUUAGGUUGACUUCAUUAAACAGAGGUGUACUUUAAGAAACAUGUACCUACUAAAUUUAUAAACUCAUCAGAUCUCUUCUGUAUCAUUUGUACGAUUAACUAAACACAGUAUGUACCAAUACUAAAUGAUUAAUCAAUAGUCAUCUCAAAGAGAGGCAUACAUACUCCUCUAAACAGUGAUACUUGAGAUGUUUGAAUGACUAAAUAUGAUUCUGGUCCAGACAUUGAUUUAUCAUUCUGUAGAUGAAGUGACUGUUAUACGAUUCUGAUACAGACAUAUAGAUUUAUCAUUCUGUAGAUGAAGCAUGGUUUCUGUGGUAGCUGAUCCUCUCCAUGACUAUUCACAAAUAUUAUUUCCUUCCUCCGGUGACAUUUUUUUCUCUCCAACUUUAUACACACUUGAUACAAACAAUAAAAAAGAUGGAUGCAGGGGUUGAUAUAUCUGUAUUUUUUUUUUCUUUGUUUGGUUGAAAUAAUUACAACAACAACAACAAAAAAAAAAAAAACAACAUUCCUGAAAGUAAGAGACUUGCAAAUUUUCUAUGAUGUUCAAAAUUUGAAAUAUAUUACUCCUUCCUAUAUAACUCUAUGAAAAUUUGUUCUCAAUGUUUUGGACUUAACUGAGAAAUCAUAGGAAAAAGUUACAAUACAUUUUACUUACAAAAACUUAAAUUUUGUUUUCAUUAUUUUUGAAAUUUUUUUAGCAAGUGUCAUUGAUGUCUUCUAAAUUUCUGUAUAUUUAUUUCGGUGUAUUUUAUCAUAAGCAAGAAAGCACGAAGUUGGUUGUACAGUAGGAUAUGAUAUCCAUCACAAUUAGUCGACGUGUGAUCUCCAGAUUUUCUUAUCAAGUUUGUAUUUACUUAAUAUAUGUAUUCUUUAUAUUACAGAAAAAGGAGUUAUGUACUAUAUAGUUUUUGAAAAUUGUAAUUGUAAUUGUAAAAUGGACUUUUUAAAUUUUACCAUAAAAAGGGAUAUGUAAUUUAAAUCCUUUGUGAAUAUUGGAAAUGAUAUCCUCUUCAAAUAAUUUUUUUAGUAAUUAAACAUUCAUUUGUAUUUAUCUAAAUAAGGUUUUUAGGAUUUGGUACCAAAUGAUUCCAAAUGUUUGGGGCUGGGAUUCUUAGUCUCUUUUGUUUGGAGGAAUUGUGACAAGGGGAAUAACUCCAGACAAAAUCUGUAAAACGGACUAAAAUAGUCUCUAAAAGUAAACAUUUUACAGAUAAUCUUAAUUUUCAUGUUCUCAGACAAGAAAAGGAUAUUAGAUUUGAAAGUUUGUUCAUUAUAAACAUGCAUGUUACAAAUUGGAAUCCCUUAAAGUUCAAAAUUUGCAUUGUUGUUAUUGUUUUAGCAUGAAGAAGUUGUAGCGGGUGCAGUGUAUACUUAAAGUGAAGAUUUGGAGUUUUAUUUUUCCUUUAUGUAUUUCUUUGAAUACAUCUCUAUGAUCUGAUGUCAAUUCUUGUUAAUUUUAACAUAAUUGAUAAUGUGUGUAUAUGAUUAGGGCCUACGCUGGUCCCCUAAAAUUACGUUCAGUUUCUUAAAGCAAAAUCUGCUUCAUUUUGAAGACAAAUUUAAUGCACUACUCUCCAAUAUUAUUUAUAAAAAAGUUGACAAUUUUAAGAUGUGAUGUUAUAAUUGAUAACUUUUCCCAGAAUUUUUAACCUUUGAUGAAAACAUGCACUAUCUUAGUCAUUUUCUUUUCUGCAAAUUUGGAGCCACUUCUUGAAUGAGAUGCAGUGUCUAAAACAAAUUGAGGGAAGUUCUUUAUAGUUUUAGCACUAAUAUACUGGAGGCCCCUUUUUGCUUGGAACAGCUCAGAUCUGUGUCUCUAUGUCACUGGUAGCAAUUAAUCUUGUUCACAAAGUUACUAAAUUUUUGAAUUGUUAACCUGUAUGAAAUUUGAUUUUUUCAGUCACAUGACAGUUGAAGAAAUGUGUGGGGUUUUUUUUGUUGUUUUUUUUUUUACAGAAAUUAAUAUAUUGCAAGAAGUCCCAUAAAACUGUUUGUCAAUAUUAUUGUUUUUGUUAUACAAGAACAUUUAUUUAAUUAUCAAAAAUUACACAUCAGAAAAGUUCAUGCCUUUCAUCAUGUGUAAAAAAAAAAAAAUGUUUAUCCAAUGAAAACAAGUUUUGAUUUGAUCAGCUUGAAUUUAAUUUGAGGAAUUGCCAUUUUCGUACACAUGCAGGAAAAUAUUGAGGCGAUACCCUAGAUUAAAAUAAAUACAAUAAAUCAUACUGAAUCUCGCAGAAUAAAAGAUACAUUAAAUUAGUUUGCAAUCAUUCCAAGAAACACGAGAAUUUACCAAUCACAGUUGGUCUUACAAAACAUAGGAUUAAAUUUCAGAUAAGUUUUUUCUCUGUUGACAUGCAGAACUUGUAAUUUAUGUGCCACACACACCAUUAGAAGUUGUGUGUUGUAAUCCUCCUGUUUGAAGUUGUUUGUUGUUUUGAUGACACCUCCUGUUUUGUAGUCAUGUAUUUAUGUUCACUGUUCAUAUAAAGUGGAACCUGUUACUGUUUUUGAAUGAUAGUUAAAUUAUUUUAAAAUAUAAAUGAAUUUGAAGUU